AUGGCUUCAUCGAACUUGUAUCAAGCUGAACAAUACACCCACAAGAAAUUUGCAAAGCAUACAAACAAGCGCAAGCAAAAAGAACUGGAGGGUAAAGAAAACGUCAACAGUGCUCAAACUAUAUUGGAUAUGGCUAAUAAGGAAACGGAACAGCCUUUAGCCAAAAGACAACAAACUAAAGCUUUCUUUAGACCCUGGCUGGAUAAGGAAGAUAAGAAAAAGAACACAAAACAAACCCCAAAAGCAAAAGUUUUGAACCCAGUCCAAGCAAAUCAACAACCUUCACAAUUGCCUCAACAAACAAGACACAACCGCAAACAUUUGGCAACACUUAUCCAUCAGUAUAAUCAACAAGCUCAACAGUAUUUGUUGCAACAGCAACAAUACUACGCUUUCUAUCAACAGCAACAAGUUGCCGCUAAACUGAGCCAUGUUUUAUAUCUACAGCAACUACAACAAAUGGCCUUAAAGCAGCAGCAACAGAGUCCGAUAUUUGUUUUUGGUCAGCAAUGA